ACAAAGGUGACGCAACAAACAAAGAUAGAACUGCAUACAUAUCCCAUAUCCUUAGCUUAAGGAGAAAUUAUUGGUGACAUUCAUGUGUUGAUUGGCCUAAAUAUUAAUUGGAUUAUAAAGCUUAAUAACACUUCCGAGUGGGGGUGGUCUAGCGGUAAUGGACUAACAUGUUGGGUCUAUGGUUAAAAAUUUAAAUAUUGGGCGACUCACGUUGAGGAUCUUAAAUACGAAGGUUUGUGUCUGCUAAUUUAGUACUCGAUUUAGAGUUUCUGGGACCACAACUCUACGUACCUUUAUUGCCAGCACAUUCAGUUUAGAGACAGAGUCUUGUCAGUGUUUGGAGUCCUUUUUGUAACGUCCAACGAUAUGCGAAACCCUGCUGCCCCUUUCCAGACUUUUAUUUUUUUUUUAAAAAGUCCUUAUUAACACAAAUAUUAUGUAAGCCAAAUGGAUUGGUGGAGUUCCCACAAACUAGUGUUGUCCACCUAGCAACUCUUGCCAAGCGAGUGUUUCUGGUCACUCUCUUUUCUCUAUUUCUCUCGAUCUCUUUUUGGCUUUUUUUUCCCCACCAAAUCUUUGCCACACUUUUUUACAUAUAAAAGGGACUUUAGAACUCACCACUUUGUCGCAAAACAAAAUGGCAUACCAAGAAAUAGCCAUGCAAAGAGAAGAAGGAGAAGAACUGCGCAAAGGGACUUGGCUUGAAGAAGAAGAUGAGAGACUCAUCUCUUUUGUGCAACUUUUGGGGGAGCGAAGAUGGGAUUCUUUAGCAAAAGCUUCUGGUCUGAAAAGGAGUGGUAAGAGUUGUAGAUUAAGGUGGUUAAACUAUCUUCGGCCGAAUCUAAAGCAUGGCCAAAUCAGUAUUGAAGAGGAGAAUAUCAUCCUUGAACUUCAUGAAAGAUGGGGUAACAAGUGGUCGAAAAUCGCUCGAAGGUUCCCUGGAAGAACUGAUAAUGAGAUAAAGAAUUACUGGAGAACUCACUUGAGAAAGAAACUAGCACAAGGUCAAGAAGUAUGAAUUAGAGAAG